AUGAGUACACUACAAGUCAACGUGGGAGACCGCCGUGUUUCUCGAUCGGACCCCCUCUCGCCGGAUUUAAUCAACUAUCUCAAAGAGUCCAUGCGAGAAUCGGUACAACAAGAUCCACCAUACGUUUUUGUCAUUUUUGGAGCAUCGGGAGAUCUCGCUCGAAAGAAAAUCUACCCAACUUUGUGGUGGCUUUAUCGCGAUGAUUUACUACCGAAAAACGUUCACUUCGUCGGUUAUGCUCGAUCAGAUCUAACGAUGGAGAAAAUUCGAGACAGCUUUGAAAAGAAUGCAAAGGUACGGGAUAACGAGAAAGACAAAUUUGAGGCAUUUUUGAAGCAAAACACAUAUAUCCAGGGUAGCUAUGAUAAGGUCGAGAGCUUCAAGAAACUACAAGAAUUUAAUGAUGAUUUACAGAAGAGGACGAAACAGCCCGUUAAUCGUCUCUACUACCUCGCUCUGCCUCCUUCAGUUUUCGCAGAAGUCACCCAACAUCUUAAGGAAGCUUGCAUGGACUAUGGCGAUUCUUGGACACGGAUAAUCAUUGAGAAGCCUUUUGGAACUGACAGUGACUCGUCGGCCGAGCUAUCCAAACAUUUAAGUUCCCUUUUCAAAGAAGAUCAGAUUUAUCGAAUUGAUCACUAUCUGGGAAAGGAAAUGGUCCAAAACCUGAUGACACUACGAUUUGGAAAUCGUCUGUUUGGUCCCUCUUGGAACCGUGAUCAUAUUGCAUCGGUGGUAAUAACUUUCAAGGAAGAUUUCGGUACUGCAGGACGGGCGGGAUAUUUCGACACUUCAGGCAUUAUUCGCGACGUUAUGCAAAACCAUCUAAUGCAGGUUCUCACCUUGCUUGCAAUGGAAAAACCCGUUUCCCUCAACGCUGAGGAUAUUCGAGAUGAAAAAGUUAAAGUUUUGAAAUCGAUGCCGCCUGUUGAAUUGAAAGACGUCAUUGUUGGACAGUAUGUUGCAAAUCCCGACUCAGCUCAUCCUGAAGCCAAGGCUGGCUAUUUGGAUGACAAAGAUGUUCCAAACGAUUCAGUUACACCUACCUAUUGCAUGGCGGUUUUGAAGGUAAAUAACGAGCGAUGGGACGGCGUUCCUUUCAUCAUGAAGUGCGGGAAAGGUCUCGAUGAAAAGAAAUCUGAGGUUCGAAUUCAAUUCCGCGAAGUCCCUGGUGAUAUUUAUGCUCCGGGUGAGCUGAAAAGAACCGAGCUCGUGAUUCGCGUUGCCCCAAAUGAAGCUGUCUACCUAAAAUUGAUGACCAAGAAACCGGGGAUGGAUUUUGGAGUCGAAGAGUCUGAAUUGGAUCUAUCCUACAAUAGUCGCUAUCAUGGUGUCCGUCUACCUGAUGCAUAUGAGCGUCUAUUCCUUGAAGUCUUUAUGGGAUCUCAAAUCAAUUUUGUCCGUUCCGAUGAGCUUGAACAUGCAUGGCGUGUGUUUACACCACUUUUGCAGCAACUUGAAAAGGAGAAAGUCAAACCGGUGCAGUACAAGUUUGGCGGCCGUGGACCGGUCGAGGCGGAUGAAUUGUCACGCAAAUUUGGCUAUAUCUUCACCGGAACGUAUAAAUGGAAAAGCCCAAACAAGCUU